AUGUCAUUCUAUGUAGAGCACCCAAGAAAGGAGGAAGGUGCUAGUAAGAAGAUUUUUGCAAUUCAUGGGCCUUCUGAGUGGUACAAGUCAUAUCCUGUUGCCCAAGGAUAUCGUCAAUCACCUGUCGAUAUAAUCUCCACACAAGCAGUUUAUGACCCUAGUCUGAUGCCUCUUAUUAUCUCAUAUGAAUCGUGUACAUCUCUUACUAUUUCCAACAAUGGCCACUCAGUCAUGGUGGACUUCGAAGAUGCUGAUGACAAGACAGUGAUCAGUGGUGGACCCCUUGAAGGUCCCUAUAGGCUAAAGCAGUUCCAUUUUCAUUGGGGAAUGAAGCAUAAUCAGGGAUCAGAGCAUACAGUUGACAGCAAAUCUUUUCCUUCUGAGCUUCACUUGGUUCAUUGGAAUGCUAGGAAAUAUGCAACAUUUGGAGAAGCAGCAGUAGCUCCAGAUGGCUUGGCGGUAGUUGGUAUUUUCUUGGAGACUGGAGAAGAACAUGCCAGUAUGAACAGACUAACUGAUGCCUUAUAUAUGGUAAAAUUUAAAGGGACAAAAGCUCAGUUCAGUAGCUUCAACCCAAAAUGCCUCUUGCCCUGGAGUUUAAAUUAUUGGACAUAUCCUGGUUCUCUAACAACACCUCCUUUACAUGAGAGUGUAACGUGGAUAGUGCUGAAAGAGCCUGUCAAAGUUUCUAAGAAACAGCUGGAGAAAUUCCGAACUCUUCUCUUCACCAGUGAGGGAGAUGAAAAGAUCCAGAUGGUGAAUAAUUUUCGCCCCCCUCAGCCUCUUAAGGGAAGAAUAAUUCGUGCCUCCUUCAAGGCCUAAAGAUGAAAAUGAUUAAUGACCUUUAAACUUCCAAGUGCUUCCAUGUCUGAAAGGCCUAACAAAAUCACUGAUCUCCAGAUGAUUAUCUCUUUGAGAAAGCAAAACAGCCAUUUCCAUGAACACUUUUUGUUGUGGUGCAGCAAAAAAAUCAAUACCUCUUGGUUUUAUGCUUUGCAUGGACCAGAUCCAUUCUUUUAAAAUAAUUAUUAUGGGAUCUUGUUCUUUAAAAGAAAUAAUAUUUUUUUAAAAUCAGGAAUAAUUUAGUAAUUCGGGGCACACUUUAAUAGAAUAGUAUGGUGAUGUUCCUUAUUCACCAUAAUUUUAACUUUUUAUCAUACUAUUUUAAAAUAGGAAACUGCUUGUGCAGAAGUGAUUGGCGCAACUUCUAAUGAUUAGAGCUAUUGUUCAUAAUCUAAUAAAUGGUGGGAUAAUAUUAAUGAGCUCUGACAUUGGAAAAUGAAAGGCUUAGACCUUCUUGCCGGUUUCCUGUGGAUUCUACUCAGUUUGACCAACUCCUCUGGAUUAGAAGAUACUUUGACUUUAUUCUAAUUAAUUGCACUUGCUUUCUUACAUGCAACCAGAGCCUGAAAAGGUAGCACAUACUAAAAAUGUGAUUUUUUUCCAUUCACCUCAAACGGGAGUUGACUUUGCAGCCCAGUUCAUACAGUUUUAAUGUUAACAUUUUAAAAAUAGUUAUAAAUUAAAAAUAACUUGCAUAGUGAUAAAAAUCACCCAGUGCUUCACAACUAACCCAUCUCCCAUUCACCCAAAACUAUUAGGUCAUGCAUAGUUAUCAAACUUUAACAUUUAAUUCAGUUGAAAGGAUAUUCCUUAGGAAUUAGGCUAAAUUCAGAUGACUGAGACAGUUGCUACUAUCCUUAAAAUAAUUAGAGUAAACAUAGUGUUUACAGGUGCAUAAUUUUAUUCCAGUCUCUCAGAGCAUUGGGUGGGAUUUUGAAAGUGUUCUAGCAAACAACACAGAAGCAGUGAGGAGAGCUGACUUUUGAAUAAACUAGGGCUAGGUUGUUAUACUCACACUCACAAAGGCCAUGUCAACACCAGGAGAUUAUUUCAAAUUUACUAAAUUUGACUUCUGGGCACCCAAUUUUACAAAUUUGAAGUUCCAUGUCCUCGAUAUGGGGAAGAAUCAAAUGUAGCCUGAGGUAGACUCCAUUAAUGUGGACAUGCUACCUCGGACUCAGAACCCCAGGAAGCACUCUGUGGGGAGCUAUGGGAGGCCUCCCAGGGGCCAAUUAAUUCAAAUUAGUGGCACCGGCGUGUCCACACUAAUAUUAUUUUGGACUUAUAAAUUCAGAAUUAGUGUUAUUCCUCAUGAAAAGCAGGAGUACAGAAUUCAAAUUCCGUGGCCCCUUAUUCCAGAAUAAUGGGUUUGGUGACUUGGGAGGCUUAUUUCAGACUAAGAUCCUAGUGUAGACCAGGCCAAAGAGUAGUAUCUUACUCCACUGAAGUCAGUGUAUCACAAUAUCCAAGGUAAAUAUUUUAAAUCUUCCUUCUGUUAACAAUACAUAAAUAGGAAUAAGGACAAACCACAGAGAAUACAGCCUGCCACUGCAGAAUUAGUACACAGCUUUGGAAUACCCCAUGGGCACCCACUUAAAAGUCCUAUAGCUUUGUGUCCUGAGUUUGUUUGAUCUUAUGAAAUACAAAGGGUUAGCUCUCUCAGGC